AUGGCGAUGGAAAAUGAAAUAUCUAUUUUCAUUAAUGAUGUUUUAUCAUAUCUCGCGGUUGGGAAAGAUAUGUUUAUCGAAUUAAAGCGAAAUUUAUUUACUGCAGAGGAUGACUGCGCAAAUGUUUUAUGCCAACGAUGCACUGCAUUCAUCGAUGGUUUAUCAAUAUUAUCAGGAAAUUCUCUUUGGUCAAGGCCAGUUGGGGACACUUACAUUGCUGAUGAUAUGUGCAACCUGAUUAUAGAACUUCAACGAAUGCAUGACAUACUGCAAGAACGAGUUGAAACUGCUCCUACCGAGAACAGUCGUUACACCUGUGGAUACGAAAGAGGAAGUCGUCGAAGAGGAAGACCAAGGUUCUUAAUUCCUGAAAGGCAGUUGGUGGGCCUUCGAUCCUUAAAUUUUACAUGGAAACAAAUCGCAGAAAUGUUAGGUGUUUCAGAGAAAACUUUGCGUCGUCGUCGUAUAGACUCUGAUUUGCCUGUAUGUGAGAAUAAUUAUUCAAACAUCACAGAUGAAGAACUAGAUAGGACAAUAAGCUUGAUACUUGGAACCUCCCCAAAUUCUGGAGAACGAAUGGUAACAGGAGCACUAGUGUCUCAAAAUGUUAGAGUACAAAGAGCAAGAAUUCGUGCCUCCAUUAACAGAGUGGAUCCUAUUAAUCGACAACUAAGGAAUCAUAUAUCUAUUCAUAGACGAGUUUACAGUGUCCCAACUCCAAAUGCAUUAUGGUAAGCAGAACCAUUUUGAUUCGUAUUUCAUUGCAGUGAUAGAUAUAAAACAAAUUUUCAUGUCCCUUCAACAUGUCAUUUGUUGUGGGGCCCCCUAACAUGCCAUUGGUUGUUUUUGGACCCCCUAACAUGUCAUCAAUUGGUUGUGCCUAACAUGUCAUUGGUUGUGGGAUCCCUAACCUAUUUAGUUCUGCUUCACCAACAUUAAUGUCUAUGCAGUAUGUAAAAUCACCUGUUUCAAUCACACACCAUAAAUAUUUUAAUAAAUGCCCUAUAUAUAAUUGAAAACCCCUGCCAAACCCCAAUUUGGUAAAUGAGGCCCCUCUAUUAAACUCCUCUUAUCCAAAUAAUUAACUCCACUUUUUAAAGUGGUGUUUGCUAGAUUUAGUUAAACUGUUUUUAACCCAUUAACUGGCAUUGCACCCCAAUGCACCCUACUUUUAGUAUUUACUCUGUCUAACACCAGACGAUUUUACUCGCAAGUGGUAGAGCACUGCCAGUUACUGGAUUAAGCUGCAAUAAGCACAAGAAUAUUUUACCUGUCAAGGGUAUUUAGUCUUGCGCACUAAUGGGUUAAUCAUGAAAUUUUAUUCUAUAUGUUGUCUUAAUAGGCAUCUGGAUGGUCACCACAAGCUGAUCAGGUGGAGAAUGGUCAUCCAUGGUUGUGUUGAUGGCUUUUCAAGGGUAAUUGUCUUCCUUAAAUGUUCUAACAACAAUGAGGCACUAACAGUGCUGGAGUCAUUCCAAAGUGCUGUAAACACCUUUCACUACCCUCGGCGAAUACGCACAGAUCAUGGUACAGAAAAUGUGGAAGUGGCCAGGUUCAUGCUUCACAAGUAUGGUAUUACAACAAACCCUGUCAUAACAGGAAGAUCGAUACAUAAUCAACGCAUUGAGAGAAUGUGGAAGGAUGUGUUUGCCUAUGUCUUGCAGUAUUUUUAUAAUCUCUUUUACUUUAUGGAGUCUCAAGAUAUUCUAGACCCAGACAAUGAACUGCAUCUUUUUGCAUUACAGUAUAUUUAUAUUCCUUGUGUAAAGCGGGCAUUAGAUUAUUUCACAUUACAGUGGAAUAACCAUCCAAUGUCAACUCAAGGAAAUAAAAGUCCUCUACAGUCAUGGACAGCUGGCUUUUACGAGUUUGCUGAAUCAAAUUAUACAGUUGUAAGAGAUGUCCUUGACGUUGACACCAUCAACUUUGAUCAUUAUGGUAUCGACGAUGAUGGCCCAAGACCCCAAAUAGAAACAAGUAAUAAUGUUGUUGUUCCAAGAUCAACAAUCCAACUCAGCAUGGAAGAAACCCGAGCACUUACAGAUGAGAUUUCACCAUUAAGCGAGGACAAUGACAAUGGUGUUCAUUUAUAUCAAAGAACAGUUGCAUUUGUCAAUAAUUUUUUUGACAGCGAUGUGGAAAGUAGUUGA